AUGGUGUACUCGGUGAUACGUUUAUCAGUGAAACGCAUUCAGAAACGGUACCCUGUGACGCAUCGACGCCAACUUCUUCAGCUUCGCCAUUUCUCUCGGGUGUGUCCCGUGCAUGAGUGCAUUUCCGAAGGUGCCCUUGUCGCGAAUCUUGACAACGUGGAAAUUCCGUGUGGGAGAUCGGGAACAUUCAUGGCCUGCCAGGUCACUGACAGUAGUGACUGCCGUGUCCGUGAACGUGAACGUGAACGUGAACGUGAACUGGUCAGGUACUGUCCACUAGUCGGCCAGUUCGAGUGCGCCCUCCUUCCCUUCUGGAAUAGCAAACACCUCUUGGCUGGUCUCAGUCUCCUCUAGACGUCGGUGCCAAUCGUGUUCGACGUCUAC